CCUUCGGAAAUCACGCGAGACUGCAUUGAGUUGACCAGAUGCCACGUCUGAGAAAGAAUUGAUAUAAUGAAGUGGUAGCGUAGGGUGUACUAAAGUAGAAAAGGGUUCGUGUAUUAUUGUUGACUGUUUCUAUCACGGGCUUCUGACUCAUUGGCUGGUACAAUGGCCUCUGUACAUCUUCUGAUGCUUGCAGUGCUCUGCACAUUAAUGGUGCUGACUGUGGCUCACUCUCAUUCCCAUGGGGCUCACGGACACGCUCACUCGCACGGCCACCACGGCCACUCGCACGGGGGAGGUGGCUGCCACGGCCACUCUCACGAGGUACCGGGGGUGAGGAUGCAUCAUGGCGCCAGCAAGUGGAGCGCCGAAGCUAAUCUCCCUCCGCCGGAAGAUUUGCAUGAGCACUCGCACUCCCAUGGACAUGACCAUGGCAGUGAGGAGCCCCACUAUCACUCUCACAACAUCAAGGAUGAAGAGGACCAUGGCCACGCCCACAGUGAAGCCCAUGGCCACACCCACUCUCAUGACCACUCCCAUUCCCAUGGUGCAGAGCGCCCUAGGCGAGAUGUAGCAGGAGAGAAGAGAAGCAUGGUCGAGCUGUGGAUGCAGGCAAUUGGCGCCACCGUGCUGAUCAGUGCCGCCCCCUUCCUCAUCCUGUUCUUCAUCCCAGUCCAGUCCAACACCGACCAGCACCAGAAUCUCCUGAAGGUUCUGCUGAGCUUUGCGUCCGGGGGUCUGCUCGGAGACGCGUUCCUACACCUUAUUCCACAUGCUCUCGAGCCUCACUCUCACCAUGGAAGCGAGGAGCACAGCCACUCACACACCCCGGCAGAGUCACAUGAUCAUGGUCACUCACAUGGUGGCGCUCACGGUCACAUGAUGUCCGUGGGGCUGUGGGUCCUGGGUGGGAUCAUAGCCUUCCUAGUGGUUGAGAAAUUUGUGCGUCUUCUGAAGGAUGGACACGGACAUGGACACUCCCAUGCUGCUCCAAAAGCCAAAUGUAGUGAUGGGGAGGAAGAAAAAGAGAAGGAGGGUGAGAAAGAUGGAGUGAAAAAAGGCAAAAAAACAGGGGCUGAAAAGAAAGAGAAGGAGAAGAGUAGUGACAUCAAAGUGUCGGGCUACCUUAACCUGGCGGCCGAUUUCACGCACAACUUCACGGAUGGUCUGGCCAUCGGCGCCUCGUUCCUGGUGAGCUCUGGGGUGGGAGCAGUCACCACCCUCACCAUCCUGCUGCAUGAGGUGCCCCAUGAGAUCGGCGACUUCGCCAUCCUGGUCCAGUCAGGGUGCACCAAGAGGAAGGCCAUGUGUUUGCAGCUCCUGACAGCCCUGGGUGCUCUGGCGGGCACCGCCUGCUCCCUGUUUGCCGAAGGUGUGGGGGCCGCCGCUACAGCCUGGAUCCUGCCCUUCACGGCAGGGGGCUUUGUGUACAUCGCCACGGUGACGGUGCUGCCUGAGCUGCUGGCGGGGCGAUCCUCCCUGGGUCAGUCGGUGCUGGAGGUCCUGGCUAUGCUGCUUGGAGUGGGCAUGAUGGUCCUGAUUGCAGAGUAUGAGUGAGAGGGAGAGACGGAAGA